GCCAGCCCUUGAACCUUCCCGCUACCCGUAGGCGGGUGACACUGCCCCGCCCGGCUGGGGCAGCGGUGCUGAUUGGCCAGAGGGGAGGGGGAGGCGGGGUCUCCGUCGCGCAGGCGCAGUGGGGUGCGCAGCAGAGCGAGGAGGCGGCGGUGGUUUCCGUUGGUGGCGCGCGAGGCGGCGGCGGUUGGGCGGUUGCACGCGCGCAAGAUGAGUGAAUCUCUGGUGGUUUGUGAUGUUGCUGAAGACCUGGUGGAGAAACUGAGAAAAUUCCGGUUUCGUAAAGAAACCAACAAUGCUGCCAUUAUAAUGAAAAUCGACAAGGAUAAGCAGUUGGUGGUGCUGGAUGAGGAGCAUGAGGGUAUUUCUCCUGAUGAGCUAAAAGAUGAGCUGCCUGAGAGACAACCUCGAUUUAUUGUGUAUAGUUACAAGUAUCAACAUGAUGAUGGAAGAGUUUCUUACCCCUUGUGCUUUAUCUUCUCCAGUCCAGUUGGAUGUAAGCCUGAACAACAGAUGAUGUAUGCUGGAAGCAAGAAUAAGCUUGUACAGACAGCUGAACUCACUAAGGGACUGGGAAUGUACGCUGGGUUAACCAUGUUCACCCUGGGUGGUGAGUGAGACGUCUCAUCCGGAAGGUGAUGGAGCUCGGCUGAAACUCCCCUGACAGCUCCAGCCGUUCCUCAGCAGGAGAUGGAGCGGAGCACAGAGCAAUUAUCAGCCAGAACGACUCUGAAUGCAGAACAGAUGCGAACGCUGGGGAAACAGCAUGACUGUCUUUCAUGGCAAAUUUACUUCUGCAACGGGGAAGUCCCAUCAAGGCUUUUUGAAAGGGGCACUGUUAACCGUUCCUGCUGUUACGUGCUGUGGCAGGCAGCUAGUAGUAUGAAUGCAGCUUCUUUUUCCUUUUCCACAGUACUCGACUCAACAAUUAAUAUAAUGCACCCUUGAAAUCCCCCUGCCAAACAGCAUCUGUUGUCGUCACCUCUUUUCUGCAGAAAAUGGGAAGAGCGCAGAGGAAAAUGGGGCAGAAAUUGUUCAGUUGAAAGGGAAAGGGGCACCAGCCAUCCUGCACUCUCACUGAGGCCUUAGAGGGCAGAAGUAGAGCAGAAAGUUAGGGGUCAGUGCCCUUAUUGAGCUGAACAGGGAACAAAAGAGAUUUAGCGUUUCUUCAAAAGAAUAUCUAAUUUUAAAUAUCUGCCAUUGGAAAAUGCUGCUGGAUAAUUGGGAGAAGAAUGUGCGCGCCCUGCUCACAAGCGCGGCCUGCCUGGCCAUCUGCUCCGACAGCGACAAAUCCUGGAUUGAUUUGCGAACGUGAUUAAUUCAGCCAGGACGACUGGAUCAAGGGAUCAGCGAGAGACAAUAUUUCUACCUUAUCUCCAGCUGUGAACGUGCAACUGUUUGGUUCAGAAGUGCAAAACAAAUUGUGUAGCUGUAUUACUGCCAGAAUGGAAAAAUAGAUACAUCCACUCAACAGCUCUGUUUUCCUUGAAUGGCCCAUUCCAAGGUCUAUAACCACGUUCUAACAUAAACGCAGUUUCCCCGUUUGAGAUGAAGCGGAGCUGUUCUCAUUUUACAGAGAGCUUCUGUCUCUUUAGUCCAUGUGUCGAUGCUGCUGUCGCUCUUCUUGCUGCAGUUUAGUCCUAAGAUCUUGGAGCUGCUGGCUCUGUGACCUCAUCCAUGUGGCCUGGAGAGGCUGAUUUGGAGGGUGAGCAACCCACCCACCCACCCUGCUCCUUGUGCCUGAGGUUACUGAUGGGGGAACUGGUGCGUGGAACUUCGAAUCCUGGAGUCCAUUUGGGGCCCCUCAUGACAAGAAAGACCUUAAGGUUGUAGUGAGGAGUGGGGGGUCAGGCUCUUCUCCCAAGUAACAAGCAAUAGGAUGAGAGGAAACAACCUCAAGUUGCGCCAGGGGAGGUUGAGGUUGAAUCUUGGGAACCAUUUCUUCCUGGAAAGGGCUGUGGGGCAUUGGAACAGGCUGCCCAGGGCAGUGCUGGAGUCACCAUCCCUGGAGGGGUUGAACAGACACAUAAAUGAGGUUCUCAGGGCCAUGGGGCAGUGCCAGGGGUGGGUUAACAGUUGGACUUGAUGAUCUUGAGGGUCUCUGCCCAACCAAAGGGAAGCUCUUAAAUCUUAAGAACAGCUGGGGGGUGAAUAUCCAUCACUGGUAGAGCCUUGAGCUGCUUUGAUAAUACGGAUAUAGCUGGAGAGAUCAAAAGCAAGAUUUGUAAAGGUAUUUAGAUGUAGAUGAAGGCUUUUGAAAUCCUACUUAGUAUGAUUUAAGGGCGUAAACACACAUUAGACCCGAAGGUGCCGUAUUUGAGGCCACACGGGAUUUCUGUGGGAGAACACAGAGACCAAAGUCUCCCGACUCUUUUUUCUCCCUCCUACAUUUUCAAGUGUGCUGCAGGUCUGGGACUGCAAGAGCCACCUGGGGGAAGCGUGAGGUUGUGAGAGCUGGGCUGUGUCUUUUGGCAAUUGACAAGAUACAGCCCUAAACAGCUGAUUUUUUUUGGAUACAAAGCAGAAACCACAUGUAUCUUCCUUCCUUUUGGGCAGGAACAAUAAUGAUGUCACAUCUGGCAGAGGACUGAACGCCUCAUUUGUCCCAGCGAGUAUCUGCCCUGACUCUACCUUGGUGCAAUUUUACCACCAUAUCCAGCGGUGACCGUGCUUCUGCUAAAACAAUUAGCAGUGAAAUUAACAAGGGAGGCUUUUUUAGGUGGUGUCAUUUGGGACCGGAUGUAACACCAUCUUCAAAUGCCACCACUAUGGUUUCAGCUUCUCUUUAUUCAGGUUGAUGUUGCUGCAUCAGUUUAUAAUUGGAUCAGAAUUUAAAGUUAUUCAAUGAAGAGUAAGGAGCAAGGGUGGCGUUUUCAGCAUCAGAGCUACUGCAGUUGGGCUAACACAGAAAGUUUGGGAAAAUCUCCCUCUUAGUUCAUUAAUGGGCAGCUGAAUCCUGAAAUGUGUUUUAAAAUAGUUCUUGAAAAAACAAUUAUUGCUCCCUUUGCCGGAUCUCCCAGGCGUAUUAUGCCAUGGGCUCAGAAUUGUAUGGAGCUCUACCCAGCAAGAGAGAAACAAACCCUGUCAUUAAAAGGACAGGUUGAGUAUUCAGUGUUUAGCCUAUUAAAAAAAGCCCUGUUGCCAUCUGACAGUAAAUGUUGGAGGGAUUGAGGCCACGCAUGGAUUCCAUAAUGAGAUGUGGGGAGAUGCCUGGUGGCGUCUGCCAUUUGAAAUUGAGUUUUGAAUAUGACUCUUGUCUGUCUUGAGAAUUUCUUUCAUGUGCAAAGGGAUUUAUAAAGUGAAUUUGUUUACGUGGUCACAUACAUAACAGUAGAGUCUAAACAGGGAUUCUAAAGAUGAGUUAAUUAGCGCAACAGGAAAGGACGUUUGCCGGUUCGGAAGGAAGCCGGUGCAUUCAGAAGCCCUUGGAUCUUUUCAUUCUGCUGAUCAAAGGCCGAGCAGUGAGCCAGCACCCUCCAGCCUGCUGUCUGUUAGCACGUCGAUGAGGUGGGUGCAGAGGCUCUGUACUUGUGCUGCUCCCGACGGGUAUUUCAGAGGCGAGCAGGAGGGUGAGCUCCGCUAGACUGCGUCACAGGCACUCAGAGAGCUGCUCUCUAUUGAGAAACACUCAGAUUUUCCUCUCCUGAAAACCCAGUAAGUGACGGCUUUAUUUGCAUCAGCAGGAUCUUAAUUACUGAGUUCAACAGUUGUCCCUGAUAUCUAUAACUGAAAUAACUAUGUUUUUUCCCAGGGAUAUUAUUUUUAAUGUUGAGGAAUGUAGUUACCCCAUGCGUUUCUACCAUGGUAAUUCAGAGAAGUUGCUGUGUAAUCAUCCCUCACAGGCCUGCGAAAGCACUGCUGUUGGACCUGCCACCGCCGUCUUUCUUCAGCUAAAUCUUCCAUAUGAACAGACUGUAACACACUGAAUUUUGUCUGAUUAGAUGACUGUUUUUCAAUAAGGACCUCAUUAAUGUUUACAGAUAUAUAAAGGGUGAGUGUCAGGAGGAUGGAGCCAGGCUCUUCUCGGUGACAACCAGUGGUAGGACAAGGGGUAAUGGGUGCAAACUGGAACACAGGAGGUUCCACUUAAAUUUGAGAAGAAACUUCUUCUCAGUGAGGGUGGCAGAGCCUGGCCCAGGCUGCCCAGGGGGUUGUGGAGUGUCCUUCUGUGCAGACAUUCCAACCCGCCUGGACACCUUCCUGUGUAACCUCAUCUGGGUGUUCCUGCUCCACGGGGGGAUUGCACUGGAUGAGCUUUCCAGGUCCCUUCCAGUCCCUGACAUUCUGGGAUUCUGUGAAGGACAAAUACUUGAGAGGGAUUUAAGAUGAGGUGAAAAGACACUGGCAUUUUCCCUUGGGAUUCCACUCAGGAUUAAACUCAAUGAGUCCACGUGAAAAGGAAAGCGCAUGAAAAGCUGUAGGCCGCCUCCAGAUCUCCACUGUGUCCUACGUACACUGCUUGCAAAGUUUAAUCAGAGAAAAUUUUGAGAAGAUACUCAGUUGUUUGAUUAGAGAUCCCAUAUAAAUGGACGAAAUGAGAAUCAACUAGACCCUUUUCUACAGAAUUUGCUUUUCAUUUCCCUUUGUGUUGUCUUAAAUAGAUAAUCUAUGAUACAAGAAAUCCCUCAAUGAACAAAUCUUUGUUGCACAAGAUUAUAGCUGCCUUCCAUUUCUCCUGACAGGAUAAUUGCGGUUGAAUGGUGUGUAAAGCAUCAGAGGUAGUAAAACUUUGCAUACCUUGAGGCACAACCAGUAUUAGUUGCAAAUGCAAGUACAUGGCUGACACACCUUUUUAUUUCUGCUACUGCACAUCCCGAUUGCACAACGUUGUGUCGUACAAGAACACAGAAUGUAAUUAGCAACAGCCUUGUUUAUUGUGGUGUAGAACAGAUGAUUUGGUUCCCUUUUCUUGCCCUGUGUUUCGGCUAAUACGGAUCAUACAUCCCAAUCCAAACCCAUCAGCAUCUGUAACAGCUGGAGUGCUCUGAAGGAAUUUACUGCUGCAAUGACCUGUGUAUUCAAACAGCCAGCGAUGGUCACUAAAUCUGGGUCCCUUUUAGAGUAAAUAUCUACCUUGAAUGGAUCAAAGUGUUUUCCACAUCACAGUGCAAAACCAGCGUUGCCCAGUCCAAAGGUGUAACAGCAUCUCUGCACAUAUUCUCUGUGCCUUUACCUCCCACAGCUUUUCUGAUGCAAAUGACCCUUCUGGAUGGCUUUGGAAAAGCCAGAAAUCGGGAGUUUAAAUGCUGAACGUCAGGUCUUCCAGCAAAGUCCAUCAAAUAGCCUUGAGAAUAAGUGUAUCCGUGUGGCCUGAGGCUACUCAAAGUAAGAAAUAAACAGUGUGUUUAUAAAUAAGGCCAA